UGCUACUUGCACAGAACACCACGAACGUUCGGGUUAGAAGCAAAAUUCUCCAGCAUACUGCCUGCUUAUUCCGGAAUUGAAUCUCCCGAUUUCGAUAUCAUAUAAACCUUGGGAAGCCAGGGCUUCAAAAUAGAAUGAAGAAAACAGUAAUUUUUGUGUGUGUGGCGGCUUUGUUUGUGUCAGCCUUUGCCGCAGAGGAGAAGACAGAGAAGAAAGAAGAUGACAAGAAAAAGAAGUCUGAUAAAGAAAGUGUUGGCACUGUCAUUGGUAUUGAUCUAGGAACAACAUACUCCUGUGUUGGUGUAUUCAAGAAUGGACGUGUAGAAAUCAUCGCCAACGACCAGGGUAACCGUAUCACACCCUCCUAUGUGGCCUUCACCCCUGAGGGAGAGCGUCUGAUCGGAGACGCCGCCAAGAAUCAGUUGACAACUAACCCAGAAAACACAGUCUUCGAUGCCAAGCGUCUGAUUGGCCGACGAUUCAAUGAUAAAACAGUUCAACAAGAUAUCAAGCACUUCCCAUUCAAAGUUCUUAACAAAAAUGAUAAGCCCCAUGUUGAGGUUCAGGUCGGCGAUGAGCGAAAACUCUUUGCUGCUGAGGAAAUCUCUGCCAUGGUGCUCGGGAAAAUGAAGGAGGUUGCAGAGGCUUACCUUGGAAAGAAAGUUACACACGCCGUUGUCACUGUCCCAGCCUACUUCAAUGAUGCCCAGAGACAGGCUACCAAGGAUGCUGGUGUCAUCGCUGGUCUGAAUGUUAUGAGGAUUAUCAAUGAGCCAACUGCUGCCGCUAUCGCCUAUGGUUUGGACAAGAAAGAAGGCGAAAAGAACAUCCUCGUGUUUGAUCUUGGUGGCGGUACCUUCGAUGUGUCUCUCCUUACUAUUGACAACGGCGUAUUUGAAGUAGUUGCUACCAAUGGAGAUACUCAUCUUGGUGGUGAAGAUUUUGAUCAGCGUGUCAUGGACCACUUCAUCAAGCUCUACAAGAAGAAGAAGGGCAAGGACAUCCGAAGCAGCAACCGUGCUGUCCAGAAACUCCGACGUGAGGUGGAGAAAGCUAAGCGAGCCUUGUCCGCUGCCCACAGCACCAAGAUCGAGAUCGAAUCCUUGUUUGAUGGUGAGGACUUCUCUGAAUCCUUCACAAGGGCCAAGUUUGAAGAAUUGAACAUUGAUUUGUUCCGAUCCACCCUUCAACCCGUCAAGAAAGUACUCGAGGAUGGUGACCUGAAGAAGAACGAGGUUCAAGAGAUCAUCCUUGUCGGUGGUUCCACACGUAUUCCAAAGGUUCAGCAGCUUGUCAAGGAUUACUUUGAUGGAAGGGAACCAAAUCGUGGUAUCAACCCUGAUGAGGCUGUUGCUUUUGGUGCUGCUGUCCAGGCUGGUGUCCUCAGUGGAGAAGAAGACACUGGUGAUCUUGUCCUUCUCGACGUCAACCCUCUGACCAUGGGUAUUGAAACUGUUGGCAACGUCAUGACCAAGAUCAUCUCGAGAAACACUGUCAUCCCCACAAAAAAAUCCCAGAUCUUCUCAACUGCUGCUGAUAACCAACCCACUGUCACGAUCCAGGUGUUCGAGGGAGAGCGUCCAAUGACCAAGGAUAACCAUUUACUGGGAAAGUUUGAUUUGACCGGCAUUCCACCAGCCCCACGAGGUGUCCCCCAGAUUGAAGUCACAUUUGAGAUUGAUGUAAAUGGUAUUUUGAAAGUGAGUGCUGAAGAUAAGGGCACUGGUAAUAAGGAAAAGAUUGUUAUCAAUAACGACCAGAACCGAUUGUCACCUGAAGAUAUUGAACGUAUGAUCAAUGAUGCUGAAAAGUUUGCAGAUGAUGACAAGAAAGUGAAAGAGAAAGUAGAAUCUCGCAACGAAUUGGAAAGUUAUGCCUAUUCUUUAAAGAAUCAAAUAGGCGAUAAAGAAAAAUUGGGCAGCAAGUUAUCACCAGAAGAUAAGGAUACAAUUGAAAAAGCUAUUAAUGAAAAAAUUGCAUGGUUGGAGAAAAAUCAUGAAGCUGAUGUAGAAGAAUUCAAGAAAAAUAAGAAAGAAUUGGAAGAUAUUGUACAACCUAUCAUGAGUAAAUUAUACCAGGGUCAACCACCACCACCUGGGCAAGAGGGUGCAGGCGAGCAACAGGGUGGUGAGCCCAACAAGGAUGAAUUAUAACGACUUUGACUGGUAGAAAAAAUAUUGAAUUGUCAUCCCUCAUCAGUGCUCUCCAUUGGGCUGUUUAUAACGAGGUGGACUCUUCACAAUGAUAAUUUCGGAAAACUGGGUUUUCUGGUCUGUUGAAUUGAAAAAGUCCGCCUUGGAGUUAGAUUUUUCCUCGGUGGCCUGUUGUGUGUAAGUGGCCCAAGGGGAACACUGUGUCACCAUUCUCCAUCAAGAAUUUUCAUCAAAACAUGGUACGUUUCCAUCUAGGCGUGCACUGAUAGGGUCUGGUGUUUGAAAUGUUGAGUAUUCUGUUGCAGGAACAUUUCUUUGAUUGAGAUUUGUAGAUGGCCAUUUAAAGCAUUCCAUAUGGUUAAUACCCUGUUGAUAAAACAAGAAACCUUGAGAAUGUGAAAUAUUGAGGGCUUCCGAAGUUCCCUACCCAAAGUUAUUCCUCCUGGUCCUAUGCUGCUACUUGUACUAUUCCAAUCAACUUUAUAAAAUGUUUUGUUAGAAAUAUUUCAAACUCCAGGCCCCACCAAGUAAGAAGCCAGUGCAGACCCUUUUUCAGAGGUUGCAUCAUGUAAAAAGCCUCCUGCAAGUUGUCAAAAGUAGUGUUUCUAAUUUUCAAAAUUUCAUGUUCCUUUCCCACACCUGAAACGCCAUACCCUAUUCUUGCAUUGGGGUACAUACUGUUCACCAAUUUCUUGGGUGGUGCAACUUUUACUAUCGUUAGUGCAUAAAGGCACCUAUGGUGAUCAGUUGGGUAUAAGUUGGACUGUUGAUAGCAGACUGUUGUGGCGAGGACCAUUCGAAGAAAAAUAUUUUUCAGUACAUGUAUCAUUUUACGUUAUCCCCCCCCCCCCCCCUCAUAGUCCUCAGCUUGAUUUUACUGCUCUUUUCAGUUUUCCACAGUUUUUCUUUGUUUGCAUGUUCAUGAAAAGAAUGUUUAUUUUGAGGUAUGACAAAACAAAAGUUGUAUUUCAAAAAGACGAAAAAACAGGAAUAAUAACUGUCUUAACACUUCCUGUGGUCUCAUUUUGAGCCGCUUUUUCCCUCUGUUUUUGAGAGCACAAUUAGAAUGUAUGGACAGUUGCAAAAUUCCUUUUCUGUUUUUUUCCGCAACAUUUUUUUUAACAUGAACUUUAUUGUACAGCUUGUACAACUUUUGUUUGUUAAUGUUUAUGAAUGCCUCUUUGUGGACAAUUUACGACUGGUUUAAACCAAUUUUGAGCUUGGACAAAAUGUAUCAGUUGAAUUUGUUGUACAAAUUUUGAAAUUGACUAACUUCAGUUUGGAACUCAGUACAGUAAAUUGUUUAGAUACAGGGGGCCAGUCUCAUUCCAGUGCUACCUGUACAUUUGUAGCUUAUUGCUUAGUGAAGUUGAGUGGGAUUCAAAAUUAGAAAUUAAGUUCAAAAUAUUCAGCAGUUGCCGUUGUGGAAUUUUUUUUGUUAAAUGGCCUAUUUUCACACCCCUCUUCAGUAAAAGCUCCAGUCUUUGGUGAUAAGUCUUUCUGUGAAAUCUGUAGACGAAUCCUGUUCAUACAUUGUAAGAUAAUUUUAUUGACUAAAAUAAAUGUUUUGUAAAUAA